CCCAGCAGCUGGCCGGCUUCCGCCAGUACAAGUACAGUGCUGUGGAUACAAACCCUUUGUCAGUACAUGUUAUGCAGCCUAUGUGGGACCAAAUUGUAAAGAUAGUGCCUCAGUGGGUUGCUCCUAACUUGUUAACCUUCUCUGGAUUUGUGAUGCUUUUAAUUAAUUAUUUUCUGUUAUCUUUUUAUGACUGGGACUACACGGCAUCAGGUACCAGUCCUGGGAGUAUUCCAACAUGGGUGUGGCUGUUUAGUGCUUUUGCCACCUUUUGUGCUUAUACUUUAGACUCCAUAGAUGGGAAACAUGCUCGAAGGACUCAUUGCAGCACCCCCUUAGGGGAGUUAUUUGACCAUGGGUUGGAUAGCUGGGCUACUUCCAUCUUCACCUUAAAUUUUUUUUCACUUUGCUCACGUGGUAAUGAGCAAACUGGUUUUCUCCUACAUAAAAUGUUUCUCUCAUUAAGCAUUGCCUUGCUGAACUUCAUGGUUUCACACUGGGAAAAAUAUAACACAGGAGUUCUUUUUCUUCCUUGGGGAUAUGACAUAAGCCAAGUGGUACAAAUAGUACUGUAUCUGCUGACUGCUGCUACUGGGGUAGAAAUCUGGCACAGGCCUAUCCUGUUUGGUUAUUACAUUGUAGAUAUAUUGAUACUCUUGAUUAUCGGCUUAAGUAUAGUUCUUUCCUUUCCGCAGACACUAUACAACAUUUACAAGGCAUACUUAAAGAAAACACUGAAGAGAGAUUCUUUCUAUGAUGGAUGUGUACCUCUGGUGUCUCCUAUCCUGCUGUUUACUCUCAUUAGCAUUUGGGUGACUUUAUCUCCAUGCGAUAUACUUGCAAAACAAACCAGAAUGUUUUUCUGGAUGCUUGGUGUUACUUUCUCAAAUAUUCUUGUCAGGAUGAUCAUUUGCCAGAUGAGUAACACCAGACCCAAAGUUUUCCACUGGUUCCUGUUUCCACUAGCUCUUGUGGUCUACACAGCAGUAACCGGGCAGCUGGGGAGGAUGGAGCCAAUAGUACUCGCCGUAUUCAACGUGUCUGUCACAGCUGCUCAUGUGCACUAUGGCAUCUGUGUGGUGAGACAGUUGAGUGACUAUUUCAACAUUUACACCUUUUCCUUAAAGAAACGCAUUUAGGGAUGAAGUCUUCGCUGUGACCAGGACAUGAAACACUACCAUGGGGCUUCUUAGGAGCAUUUAUCUGAUAAACGGUGCAAUUCCAUUGAUUAAAAUAUUGAACUAUAAUGGACCAGAUAUUCAAAACCCUGCAAUACUGAGCUAUGGAGCAGGGUUUUUAAUAUAAGAGAAUUCUAGUUGAGAAAUUAAACUCUUAGUCACUCUGCUGCUAACUUAACUUUUCUACCUAUUCAGACCAAAGCACUUCCUUAUUUAAGUCCUUACUCCUUCUCUUGUUUGCUCAAGGCAAUGGGGGUCACCCUUCUUAUCAGGCAUGCCACAGAAUUAGCCCCACACCCUCCCUGAGGGCACUCCAGCCCCCUUCCUUUAUCCAAACUGCUGCUCUGCUUUCUGCUCACUACUCUCUGCUCCAUGAUCAAUCUCCUAAUCUGCUUUCUGCUUCCUGCCCUCUACUCCCUGCCUGAUCUACUCCUUUGCCUUCAGCUUCCUGCCCUAUCUGUUACUGUACUGCCUGAUUCUCCCCCACUCCCCCUCCCGAUCUGUCAUGUGCCACACACAGGCUAGCCAUGCUACCUGUGACAAAGUGCCACAGAUUGGCCAUCUGUGGCUCAAGGUAUCAUGUUUCAACUUCUUUGUUUCUACCUCCAAAGUCAUGCACACAUCACCCUUAAUUUAAGUAAUUUAAAUUGAAGCAGUGCCUUCUUUUUAUCCUAGUAUGUUCCUCAAUGAAGCCACAUUUAAUGUCAACUAGAUAUCCUUCCUCCCCACUCACAUCCCCAUGCCUGCUUCACUGAUGCCCCAUUUAUAUGGAUUUCCUGACAUGAGAGCCACAAUCCACGUCUGUUUCCCUCGCCAAGUUUAACUUCUCUCACAUUACCCAAAAGGUUAACCCUGGUGCAAUGUCUGCUCUCUCUCACAUUCACUAGUAUAGAAGAGAUGAGAUCAGGAAAUGAAUUACAACCCAACCAAAACCCUCCCAAUCCCAUACCCUUUUUCUUGUCUCCCAGUAAGCCUGGUCUAAUGUAUGUCUAUCAGGCCACAGGUUCCACAUGUCAGCAAUUGUCUUUAUAUCUUUUGUAGCAGACAGAAUCAGUACUUAACUAAGUAAACAAGCAUUUUAUCCCAUUAUAAGAGAAUAUAAGAAUAAAUUUGUCCACCACAAACUUUUGAAGAUUCUUUAAUCUCACUGUUAAGAUAAAACGCAGCUGGUAACUGGGCAUAUGUAUCUCAGAGCCACAAAGCAAGUAGUAAAAAGUGAGCCAGUCACAUUUUGUGUUAGUUAAUCAAUCCUGUUUUUUAGCUGCAGCGCUUGGAAGAAAUUGGUUUGUGGUUCAAAUGUCAGUCCAUGUACACUCUAAUAGAAGAUGGCUUGACCUGUUUUUCAGACCUAGAUCAUUCCUAACAGGUACUCUCUCACAAAGUGAUAUAACCUGCAUGUGACCUCAAAGGGCAAGAUUGAGUCCAGUUUUCUCAUCCUCCACAGGGGAAUGUCUCAUUAUCUUUACAACAACAGAAAUUAGGUAUUAGCAAUGAUGAAAAAAUCCAAGUAUAUUACAUAUUUUGAUUAGGCUUCUCUUAUCAAUCUGUCAUAUCAGAAUCAGCAAGAGUCCAGGAUGGUAGAGAUAGUCUGACUUUAGCCAAAGAGCACAAAGCUUUCUAUAAUCCCAAAUUUUGAUGUUGUUUGGGUUCCAGCAGUCUGUAUUUGUAGAUUUGGAAGCCAGGGGUUUUAGUAUCAUCUAUUUAUGAGUUUGCAGUUUAUCUGGCCAGUGUGCCAUGGUUGAAUCAGUGACUUGGUUAAACUUAUUCUUUAAGUGUAUGGAAUGACAAAUCCCGUUCCUUCCAAAUCUACAUGGAGAUAAAAGAUGCUGGUUUGAUUGCCUCAGGGCUUUUUUGAAGACUAAGGAACUACUGGGUGUCCAGAACAGGAUUCCAAUGAUGCCUAAAGCCACCCCUGCUAGAUUAACCCCAGAUCAAAAGGUUAUUUAAUGAGAGACGCAAGAAAGGCACCCUGUAAUUAAUAAACUGAAGUUUGACAGUUUAAUUUGGACUACAUCUGAAGUUUCAUUCUUUGACAGAAUUGUAUACUAAAUUCAAAUACUAUAUACACUAGACUAUAUUCCUCUUACCUGCUUUGAUACCUAUAUUUAUUUUUGAAAAUUUCUGGAAUAUAAUAGGAAAUAUCUAAAAAAUACUUUUGUAAAUGAAAAGAAGGUUGUACUUUACUCCAAGUACAGUAUUUGAAGUGUAGGUUAAAAGCCUACGCUUCCUUUUUAUUUAUAAACAGUUGGAAAUGUGUGCGCAUAGAAUGGCUUCGUUAGGUGUUUUGUAUUUUAGUGAACUAUUCCAAGGUACACGGAUAGAAAACUUGAAAUGCCAGAAGCUGAAAUGCCAAACGCAUGCCACACAUUUGUAAUAUAAAUGAAUGUCUUAUAGUAUUGUUUAGUGUGGAAUGUAAUAUAUACAACUGUUAUGUCCGCUAUUUUUUUUAAUCAAUGAGAUUUGUCAGACAUAAGUUGAAAUAUAAAUGUGGAUAAUGUAUUGUACAUUGCAUUGUACAAUGAAAUAUACUGCAUUGUCAGAAGAUGUUGGGGAAAAUAAAUCAACUGUGAUUCAACAAAA